AUGACCGCCAUCAAGGCCCAGGCGGUAGCCGACUUCAUCGCAGAGUUAACCCAGAUGGAAGACAGCAUCCAUGAGCAACCUCCCGAGCCCUGGCUCCUGCACGUGGACGGUUCGGCCAGCUCAAAGGGCGCCGGCGCGGGACUAGUGCUACUCGCCCCCGACGGACGCUCGUUCGAGCGCUCCCUCCGCUUCGGAUUCAAAGCCACUAACAACGAAGCAGAGUACGAGGCACUCCUGGCAGGGCUCAGAUUGGCCCUCGAGAUGCAGGUGGUCGCGAUACACGUCCUCACCGACUCGCAGCUUGUGGCCGAGCAACUUGGCAGUGGAUACGAAGCUCGGGAGCCGACCAUGGCAAAAUACCUGGUGCAGGUAAGGGACUUAGCUGCCAAGUUUCCGUAUUUCAAGUUAUCUAAUGUCCCGAGGGGGGAGAACGCCCGAGCCGACGCGUUAGCUAAGUCGGCGUCGGCGUCGCAACCGACCCCCGGACCGUGGCCGAAGGUCGAGGAGCUUCCUGCCCGCACCAUCGAAGUAGCGGUCACAGCCCCUAGCAGCACGCCGAUCACAUGGGUACAAGAGCUGUUGCGCUUCAGGCGAGAUGGGACCCUUCCCCACGACGAAGUCUCAGCCCGGCGCAUACGUCGUACACACGCCUGGUACACCGAGGAGAGUGGGCGGCUUUAUAGGCGGUCCUUCACGCACCCACUCCUACAAUGCUUGGAGCCCAACGAAGCCCGGACGGUCUUGGCCGAGGUCCACAAAGGGGUCUGCGGAAAGCACAUCGACGGGCGAACCCUGCCUGCGGUCCCCCUCAACCCCAUCGACGGGGCGUGGCCCUUCGCGCAGUGGGGUUUGGACCUGCUCGAACCUUUCCCGCCGGCUUCGGGGCAGCGGAAGUACAUCAUCGUGGGAGUGGACUAUUUCACAAAGUGGGUCGAGGCCGAACCGCUGGCGAUGAUCGCCGAACAUCAAAUGGAGAAGUUCGUGUGGAAGAACAUAAUAACUAGGUUCGGGUUGCCCAAAGUCAUCAUUACGGAUAAUGGACCUCAGUUCGCCGGUAGAAGGUUCCGGGAGUUCUGUGCCGGCCAUGGCGUCCAGCUGAGGUUCAGCGCGGUGGCCCACCCACAGACGAACGGGCUUGCGGAGGUCACCAAUCGGUCCAUCUUAGACGAGCUCAAAAGAAGAGUCUCCGCGGCCCGAUCGGCCUGGACGGACGAACUCCCUAGCGUCCUGUGGUCUUUACGCACCACCCCCAAGACCGCGACAGGAGAGUCCCCAUACAGCCUGACGUUCGGAACCGAAGCUGUUUUGCUGCCCGAGGUAGUAAUUGCCACCCUUCGGACAAGGAGCUAUGACGAGGAAGUCUCGAACGAAGGACUUGGCGCCAGCCUCGACAUACUCGAGGAGCAACGCGCCAACGCACACCUGAAGGCCCUCUCUUACCAGAGAGCCGUCGUAAGGACCUACAAUAGAAAGGUGCGACCCCGACCAAUUAAGUUGGGCGACCUGGUCCUGCGGAGGGCUGAGGUCAGCGAUCCGACCAGGGCAAGGGGGAAGCUGGCCCCCAAAUGGGAGGGGCCUUAUCGGGUUGUCGAGGUAGUCCGACCGGGUACGUACCGGCUCACGACGAUAAACGGCUCGACUUUACCAAGAGCAUGGAACACACAGAACCUUAAGAUGUUUUUCGUUUGA